CCUUCCCCCGGCAACUGGUGGGCGUCGUCCUCCUCCUCUUGUGCGCGCACCAGGUUCCUCCUCCUCGUCUCUCUCCUCCAUUCCCGCAGCCCCCUCCUCCCCCCCUCCCAGCGCGACACAUUGCCCCAGCCACCAGAGUCCCCCCUUUCCAUCCUCCCAUCUCGAGAAGGCCGCACCGAUCGAGCAGCUCCCUCACACAACCCAGAUUAAUGGAGUAACACUUUUGGAGAGGGAUCUGAUGCAAUUUAUGGGAAAGGAACAAAGUUUGCAGACAAUUCUCGAUGAGGAAGUGUGAUCUGAGGCACUCUCACAAUAACAGGGUUUCUGGAGCAAUGUCAUCCUCUUUACCUAUUCUGCCAAAUUCUUUGAAGGAGAACUUCCCAAGGUCUCAUAAUCCCCAGCUUAUUCCGAUGCCAAGGCAACUGAUGAAUGAUUCUGUGCCCUUGCAUCACAGUGCACCUCAGUCUGCUACUCUUCACCCAAGAGCUGGUGUUAUGCGGUCAUCAUAUUCAGCUUCAUUAGGAUUUUCUGCCAGUCCAGCUGACUCUGUGCCUAAUCACGAGAGCCAAUCUAUGUCUGCUCCUUUUAUUUCUCAGCCAUUGGAUAUUGAAUUAUUUCAGACUUUAUCUGAUAAUAUUCCUGGAGGACACACCGAGGCAACUUGGUUCCCGGGUUCUGUUGAUGGUUUAACAGAUUACGGAGACAAUGUUGGUGCACCUGGUAAUCAGAUCCGGAACGGCUGUCCUGCUGUGACAUCUGAUGUGGUUGCUAAACAAAAUGAGUGGUGGGAAGAGAUAAUGGAUGAUGAUUGGAGAGGUAUUCUGGAUGCAACAACCACUGAUUCCCAGUCAAAGGCCAUGAUUCAAACUUCCAACUCGGCUGUAUCACAACCAGCUGUCAACCAGUCAGCUUCAUCUCAUAGUGGGGAGAUGUGUAAUGUGGCGAGUCCUCCCAAUGGCAAUAAUGUCUCAGCAGCUAAACAACGGAUGAGGUGGACCCCAGAACUUCAUGAAUGUUUUGUAGAUGCUGUAAAUAAGCUUGGCGGUAGUGAAAAAGCUACACCUAAGGGCGUGCUGAAGCUUAUGAAAGUUGACAGUUUGACAAUAUAUCAUGUGAAAAGUCACCUGCAGAAGUACCGCACGGCUCGCUAUAAGCCAGACCUAUCUGAAGGUACAACAGAAAAAAGGACUAGCACUGAAGAAUUGACUCUAGACCUGAAAUCGAGCAUGGAUCUUACUGAAGCCCUGCGCCUUCAGAUGGAGGUUCAGAAACGUCUUCAUGAACAACUUGAGACUCAGAGAAAAUUGCAGUUGCGAAUUGAAGAACAAGGGAAGUAUCUGCAGAUGAUGUUUGAAAAGCAGUCUAAAUCCAGUACAGAGAACGUGCAGGACCUGUCAGGAAAUACAGCAGCCCCAUCAUCUGAUCUGAGCCAUUCUGUAAACAGAAACAGGGAUAGUGAGGCAGCCGAGGACCCAAAUAGAACAGGAGACAACCCUGGGAGUGUCAAAUCAGGAGAAUAUUCGACGCAUACAAGUGGCAACCAGAGAACAGCAGAAAGGGACUCAUCAGAUCCUCUAGCAAAUACAAAUGAUGGAUUAAAGGCCCCCCAAGAGAAGCGUCGUAGGGUGCAUGAUAGUUAAACCAUCAGUUUGGUAAUUCAGAUCAUAGCAGUUCGAUCCAUGUAUUUGGUAAAAUAUGUUCCCACCUUGUCUCUUAAACUCAUGUGCUAAUCCACAAGUCUAUUGAGCCGAGCCACCUUAGUAAUCUAAAUGGAACUUUCUGGUGGCCGCUUGUAUAAACUGUUGGGAAUAAAUCAAAUUAUCUCCUGACAUAUGGUAAAUAAGGAUGUCUUGAGAUCUUUCUAUCUUUCUAGAUAUAGUUAUUUGAGGGGAUCGGUGGCAGAAGACUGAACUGAUAGAAAAACAGGCGUUUGUCCUUGA